CACGCUCGUUGUUGACAUGAAGGAAGGAGACAGCAGCUAGCUAAUCACUCAGCUGCAAAGGAGAGCAGCAGCAAUGGUGAAACAUGUUAUGUUGUCAGUUGCGUUUGUUUGACACCUUCAGCCCAGCGAUUUCAAGUUCAACCUAGUAGUGUUUACUGUCAUAAGGAAAUCAUCUUUUAGAAUGGACGAGCCUUGGGAUUUUGAGUUUUUAUCUCGAAUAGUCGAGGGGUUCGUGUCGUUUCUGUCGGAGUUUGUGGAUGACUGGAUGGCAAAUGAUAUGAGGGUGGCAGUGUUUAAAAUAUUGUUCAGUUGGCUCAUUUUAAGUCUCAUCGCUAUCCAUUUCGCUUGGAAGGUGUAUGGAAAUACUGUUAACGACAUGUAUUAUCGACAAGGCACGGGUGGGCAGAAUGGGGGCACACCUGACACUGCACCUCGUUUAAGUGGAUGGGAGAGCGCAUCAGGAGACGCUUUCAAGAGUCAUAGGGAGUAAGGGAGGCCCAGCCAGCACUUUCCUGACCCGGACCUGAGUGUGCAUCAUCCUGCCUGUCUUUGAGGAGGAUGCAACUUUGCCUGGCUACAGGUGGAUCCGGACAGCAGCAGGUUGCAGAAGAACUGGCUUCUAAACGAGCUGUGCAAUUUACACUAGACUCUCAGCUUCAAUACUGCUCACUGUGGACAUGAGUUGGGGGGCGGGCAGUGUGAAAGAUGUUCAAGCUAGUGUCUCCGAGCCUGAAUGGGAAAGCAGGGUUGGGCAGAUUUCCUCAUGCCUCUUUUUUCUUGGAAACAUGAGCCCAAGAGUUCCAGAUGUUAUUGUGGUGCGGUCGGUUGCAAUGAGGAAGCCGAGUUACAGAGGAGGAGGACCAGUGAAACGGACAAUGAAGCUGCCAGGUCAUGCCCAUCCCUGUCAUGUCUACAGUAACUUUAAAAUUUUUACAGAAAUGAAAAGAAAAAUUAAUGAAUAGGUAUGGCACAGGGAUCCUUUUAUUUGAAGGGUACCUGCAUCUUUUAAAAAAUAUUUUAUAUUAGGCUAAUGAAGAACACUGCCGAGGUGAUUUUAUUAAACACAAACAUGGUGGAUCAACCAACCCAAAUAUUAUAUUUGACUUGGUUAGAUCAUUGGAAGACGAGCUGUAACUGAUUAGUGAGUUUAGAUGUAAUGGUAUGCUUGCCUUGGUGCAGUCUGCUGGAAAGACAAAUAAAGCAUUUUGUUUUAA